GAUUGGCCGGGAACUGUAUCCACCCAAAUGUCACCGCUUUCAUCCUGUCAAUAAAAUGAGCAAACCUAUCAAUAAGAAAUUUCUCAGCCUGACAGCGAGGAAAAGAGAAUGGUUGGUCCCGUGAGGUCAUGACAGCAGAAGGGAAAGAGGGCUCCUCAACACCACCUCGUUUGAAAACAAUCGGACUCGGGACCUAUUUACUGCGGCAGGGGCGGAGCGACAACUGUCGCGUGCAGACCAACCGCAGCUGCGCGCAGUCGCAUUUCCGUUCCCGCCCAUGAGACCCUGCCGCUCAACCUGUCAUGGCGGUUGGGGUGUUAGGUGUGAGCGCUCGCCGCCUUUUGGCUGCAGCGGCGACGCGAGGGCUCCCGGCUGCCCGCGUUCGCUGGGAAUCCAGCUCCUCCAGGGCUGUGGUCGCCCCUUCCGCUGUGGCGAGAAAGCGGCCGCCGGAACCGACCUUACCCUGGCAGGAGGACCCAGAGUCCGAGGACGAAAACCUCUAUGAGAAGAACCCAGACUCCCACGGUUACGACAAGGACCCUGUUUUGGACAUCUGGAACAUGCGGGUUGUCUUCUUCUUUGGUUUUUCCAUUGUCCUGGUCCUUGGCAGCACCUUUGUGGCUUAUCUGCCUGACUACAGGAUGCAGGAAUGGGCCCGCCGGGAAGCCGAGAGACUUGUGAAAUAUCGAGAGGCCAAUGGCCUUCCCCUCAUGGAAUCCAACUGCUUUGAUCCCAGCAAGAUCCAGCUACUGGAAGAUGAGGACUGACCAGCUGCUGAGUGGGGCUCAAGAAGCAGCACCCUCCCCACCCCCUGCCUGCCAUUCUGUCCUCUCCUCAGAGCACCUAAUUAAAGAGACUGAAAAUCUGA